AUGCAUUACAUGGUGAGCAUGGCCCUGGCUGCUGUCGUAGCAGCCGUCAGCCUUCAGCACCUGUCAAGACUCGUCUGCCGCCUCCUCGCCAUCUCGGCGCUCCCUCUCGUCAACGGCAAGAGAUGGUUCGAGCUCAGCAAUGUGCGCUGCAGGCGGAACUUUAUCCACCGGGCGGGCGAGAUGAUGCGGCAGCAGCUGGACCGGAGCCCGCGCUCGCCGUUUCGCGUGCUUGCCGACGUCGGCGAGGUGCUGAUCCUCCCGCCCGAGUACGCCCACGAGAUCCGCAACAACAACCAGCUGAGCUUCACAAAAGCAGCGUUCAAGUGGUUCUACGCCCACCUCCCUGGGUUCGAGGGUUUCCGAGAAGGCACAACCGAGAGCCACAUCAUGAAGAUUGUUGCCACGCAGCAGCUGACGCAGCAGCUAACCCUGGUCACGAAGCCCAUGUCGGAGGAAUGCGCGUCGGCUUUGAAAGACGUCUACACCGAUGACCCAGAGUGGCACGAGAUUGGGGCAAAGGACGCCAACUUGAGAAUCGUGGCGCGCAUCAUCUCGCGCGUGUUCCUGGGGCCGGAGCUGUGCCGCAACGCGCGCUGGCUCCGCAUCACGUCCACGUACACGGUGGUGUCGUUUCGCGCGGUCGAGGAGCUGCGCCUCUGGCCUUGGUGGCUCAGGUCCACCGUGCACUGGUUUCUCCCCCACUGCACCGCGGCUCGCGCCUUGGUCCGGGAGGCGAGGGACCUGAUCAACCCGGUCCUGGAGCAGCGGCGCCGCGACAAGAUCCUGGCGUUGGAGACGGGGGAAGAGUGCGAGUACAACGACGCCAUAGAGUGGCUGGAGCAGAUUGCCCGGGAGCGCCAGGUGUCGUACGACGCGGCGGUUUCGCAGCUGUGCCUCUCGCUGGCCGCCAUGCACAGCACCACGGACUUUUUCACCCAGGCCCUGUUCGACCUGGCCAGCCACCCGGAGCUGAUGCAGCCCCUGCGGGCCGAGGUCGAGUCGGUGCUGGGCACGGGCGAGUGGUCCAAGACGUCGCUGUACAACCUGAAGCUCAUGGACAGCGUGCUCAAGGAAAGCCAGCGCUUGAAGCCCAUUGCCAUCACCAGCAUGCGACGGUACACAACAACGGACGUGGAGCUAUCGGACGGCACAGUGCUGCCAGGAGGCUAUCUCACCAUGGUGUCGGUGAAGAAGCACUGGGACCCACAGGUGUACGCGAAGCCACACGAGUUCGACGGCUACCGUUUCUACAAGAUGCGGCAGCAGCCGGGCAAGGAGAACACGUCUCAGCUGGUCAGCGCGACGGCCGACCACAUGGGCUUCGGCUACGGCCAUCAUGCCUGCCCGGGGCGGUUUUUCGCGGCCGAGGAAAUUAAAAUCGCGCUGUGCCACAUCCUCCUAAAGUACGACUUCAAACUGGUUCCAGGCCACAGCGUCGAGCCGGUCAGGUUCGGCGUCAGCUUGACGGCCAAUCCGACCGCAAAGCUGGCCAUUCGGAGACGGAAAGGGGCUUGGUCUAUCUAG